AUGGGACGCACCAAAGAAGAUGCCUCGAUUGGCAUCAUCGGUAUGGGUGACAUGGGCAAGAUGUAUGCUCAGCGCCUGAGUGACGCCGGAUGGAGAAUCAACGCGUGUGAUAGGCCUGAGAAUUAUGAAUCUCUACAACAAGAGUUCGCUUCUCAACAAGGAGUCACCAUAUUCCCGAAUGGCCAUCUCGUUUCCAGAAUUAGCGAUUUCAUUCUUUACAGUGUAGAGGCCGGCGUCAUCGACCGUGUCGUGGCACAGUACGGGCCCUCAACCAAGGUCGGCGCCGUCGUCGGCGGCCAAACCUCAUGCAAGGCCCCGGAACUUGCAGCAUUCGAAAAGCACCUCCCUCAGGAUGUAGAGAUCGUAUCAUGCCAUUCGCUGCACGGCCCCAAAGUUAACCCGAAAGGGCAGCCACUGGUCCUGAUCCAACAUCGUGCCUCGGACGAAAGCCUUCAAUUUGUCGAUCGGAUCCUCUCCUGUUUCGGUUCGAAGCAUGUCUAUCUCACCGGUGAGAUGCACGAUCGUAUCACCGCGGAUACCCAGGCCGUUACCCACGCUGCCUUCCUGAGUAUGGGAACCGCAUGGCAGGCAAACGAGCAGUUCCCAUGGGAGAUCUCACGGUGGGUUGGCGGCAUUGAAAAUGUCAAGAUCAACAUCACUUUGCGCAUUUACUCCAACAAGUGGCACGUCUAUGCGGGUCUCGCCAUUCUUAACCCCCCGGCCAAGCAGCAAAUUCGCCAGUAUGCCGAAUCCGUUACGGAACUUUACAAGCUCAUGAUCGGAGGACACCGGGAGGAGCUCAAGCGGAGAGUCAAGGCCGCCGGGGCUUCGGUUUUCAAGGAGGGCACAGCCGGUCAAGAUCUCUUGCUGAAGGAUGAGGUUCUCGAUAAGUUCUCUCUAUCCAAGAGGUCCCGCGAGAAAGCGCCUCCAAACAGCCAUCUGAGCCUGCUUGCCAUUGUCGACUGCUGGUCCAAGCUUGGUAUCGUUCCCUACGACCAUAUGAUCUGUUCGACUCCACUCUUCCGCCUGUGGCUGGGUGUGACUGAAUACUUGUUUCGCAACCCUGACCUCCUCGAUGAAGCGUUGGACACCGCGAUUGAUGACAAUAACUUCCGUUCCGAUGACCUGGAGUUUACCUUUGCUGCGCGGGCAUGGUCUGACUGUGUUUCAUUUGGUGACUUUGAGUCCUACCGUGAUCGCUUCGAGCGGAUUGCAUCAUACUUCGCUCCUCGCUUCGCCGAGGCCUCGACGCUUGGCAACGAAAUGAUGAAAACGAUCCUGGAGAAGACAAGCAACAAUCCUUAA